GGCGGAGACUGAAAACGAUGACACGGCACUCAUCAUCAUCUACCCCAUCUCAAGCUGUCAACCCUCCGCGCGUGUUUUGAAACGCAGUCAAGAUAUUUCGUCACCGGUUUUGUGAUCACCGUAAGCAUUAACUUCGGUUGUAUGCUACUUCGGAGCAAUUCAGGCUAGCAGUUGUUAUAAUCGGUUAACGAAUGGAACCUGCUACUGUCCGGGACACAGCCAACGACUCACAGUCAGUGCCGCAGCAGCCGAACCCUCAAUCUGCAAAGCCGUCGUCAAGAAAGACACGGCAGAAGAAACAAACAGAUUCUUCGGUAUCUUCGCGCCCCGCGCCGAACUCAUCUAACGCUCGCCGACCGUCAUCAGGCCGUCGGAACAACAACACUACAGUCGAAAAUCCACCAACGACGAGCGCUGCCGCUCGCCCUUCAACCGAUCAGCAUCAACAAGACGCUGCACGUUUUCGAGGCAUACCGCUCCCGCCCUAUCCAGCCCCCCUCCAUUAUAUGAUGAAUCAUAAUUAUCAUCCCAUGAAUCCAUCCCCUUUCACCCAGCAACACCCUGCCGGGGGUUAUGCCCCAACCGGAUCUACUAAUGGCCCUGGUAUGCCUAGCCACACCUCUCAAUAUUAUCCUAUGCACCCUUCGUAUCCUCCCGCUCCCCAUGGAUACGCUCCUUAUUAUCCUCAACAAAUGAUGAUGUACGGCACCCCACGCCCCAGUACGUCAGUACCAGAACAACCGCAGCCAUCCAGCGCACAAUCUCCCGUAUCCGUCUCUGCCUCUGCCUCCGCCCCCGCAUCGGUUGGUAAGCGGAAAAGAAAACUGGAGCCCUCCCAUAGCAAGGGAACCGUGGACAAGGAUUCAGACCAAGAAGGCCCAUCAGGGAGUGAUGUUCCAGCAAGACAAACUACUCCCACUGCGACCACACCAACAGCGUCUGAUUCAAAGAAGCGCACAAAAACACAGCGGGCUUGUGAUAGCUGCAGAAGUCGCAAAAUAAGAUGCGAUGUUCUUCCAGAGUCGGAACCUCCACUGUGUCAGCACUGCAAACAAUAUGGGUUUGAGUGCACGUUCUUCCUACCCAUCACUGAAACGCGUUUCAAGAAGAAGAAAAUGGAAGAAGAGGCCGCUGAGAAAGAAAAAGAGAAGUCCUCGGACAUUCGACGAAAUACGUCGUCUCCUCAAGCUGAAUCAGGGGAUCGAAGAGUUUUCGGACCGACGGCUGCUGUACAUCUUCUGCAUUCACAACCCAUUAUUUCUUCUCGGAUAUACGAGUCUUAUGAUCAGCGUUAUCACCACACCUGGGAAAUAUCGAAAAACGGCGACGGCGUAAUUUCCGUCCAAAAUAAUCCUGACGAGGAAAAGCAAGUUUCCCAUCCAAAACCCAUUGAUUUGCGACUCGAACCCGAAGUUAUUCAAAACCUCCUUAAUGCUUAUUUCAAAGAGAUUGCUCCCCUCUUACCUGUUGUAUCGCAGGCAGAAUUCCUGGCGAAUCCUUCUCCUUCUCCAAUUCUGUUGUAUUCCAUGUGCCUGGUUGCUGCUGCACGGAGGGAGGUGCCGCAGAGUGUCUUUGAUUCGAUUCGAUAUGCGGUUAAUGGCGUGAUCAAAGCAGAAGAUGUCUUGUCUACGGCCUCCAUCGCCAACGUGCAAGCCUUACUUAUUCUCAGUAUGGUGGGUGACAGUCAUUCCCAAUUCGUCCCAAACGCUCUUUCGGCACUCUGGAUCCGGUUGGGUACGGCAAUACGAAUGGCUCAAGACCUGGGUCUCCACCGAGCAGAGUCGGUCAAACAGAGCGUCGAACUACGAAGGCGUUUGUGGGGCGCAUGUGUCAUUUGCGACCGAUGGACAAGUUUGACGUACGGCCACCCGUACAUGAUUGAUGUGCAGGACUGCGAUGCUAGGCUUCCUUCAUCUGGCGAUCCCAAUGAUUUAUACAUGGACGAACUCGUUAGGCUGAGCGUGAUUUUGGGACGAGUGCUCAAGACCAUCUACAGCCCCUCCGGUCUCAUGUUCACAACGGAUGAUAUGCUGUACAGCCUACUUUCCGACCUUGAGUCAUGGAAGACAAACCUCCCAGAGAACCUACAGUAUCGUGGUUCUGACACACCUCAAGAUGCUGGGCUCUUGCAUCUUCUUUACUGCUCGGUGUGCAUGAUUUUCUGGCGGGUCUUCAUGCGCAUAUCCUAUGCUUGUCCUGCGCAUCUAAAAUUCGGGUUAACCGUCGAGACGUGGACUUCAUUAGUCCAACUGACCAGCGAAUCGAUCGAUUGGCUCGACACUCACGAGCGAAUGUACGAUGUUUGGUUGUUAGUCCCUUACGCGGCAACAUCCUGCGCACUUGUUCAGUAUCACACGUGGGCGAGGCGGCAAGAUGCUGAAGCGGCUGCUAAGCUCAGAAAGCUUCGAGAUUGUGUACGGAGAUGGGAAGGUUCAAUUUCUCCUGACCACAUGUCCGCCCGACGAAAGACAGCCGAGAUUAUUGCUCUUCUGUAUGAGGCUACCCAGGGUCCGCCAGUCCCCGUUGAUCAGCCCCCUCUGCUCAAUCCCACUGGAGGCGUAAAGGGUAAGCGGGCUUUGAGUGGUCUGGAGUAUAAGAAGGACCCCUCGCGUCCUGGUGGAGGAUUCUUCGUUGCGCAUGGUGAAGCUCGCAGAAAUAUAGGUGAAUAUGAGGGUACACCUCAGGGCACGAUCAUAACGUCAUCUGAUGAGGAAUCAGAAGAGGCGAGCAAGGCUUCGCAAUGCCGCGGCUCGUCGAUGGUGACGAUAACCCCACUUUCGUCUACGCGUGGUGAUGGGGCUAGCUUCCCCAAUAUGAACCCAGCGUUGAACGGCGUCACGACUGACACGCCUAGUAGCGUGCAGGUCCUUAACGUGCUUGAUGUUCCGCAUGCAUCGAAUACGCUGGAACAAUUUGCGAUGGCUGAUGUUGGUCUUCUCGAGGGAAUCCCUGGAGGUAUGUUUGACUGGGGUCAAUGGGACUCGUUCUUUUCUCGGUUCCAUCCGUCUGUCGGUGGAAUUGAAAACGCCGGCGGACAACGAGCAGCAAAUGUUACAACAUCACCAUCGAUGGUUUCAAGUCAGUCUAGUCAUUUGCAGCAGCCACCACAGACUCGUACGUAGCAUGUCUACGACAUCAAGCCGAUUACAGUUGCAAAAUGUUUUUUUAUUGUGAUAGACGCUUGUCCUUUACCUGCUUUUGUUCUCUAGUAAGCUAGUGUGUGCUCUUGUAAUCUGUACGAACCUUGUGAACUUUUGAAUGACAUCGUAUGUACUACACGCCACUGUAUCUAUAAUGCGUAACGUCGAUCGUAAUCGCUAUUUUUUCAUUCGGGUUUCACAAGUCUCGUGUGAGUGGAGACUCGCUUGGAGAAUGAAAUCGAAAUCUUGAACUUUGUAUUCGUAGGUUGGUCUUAGGCGGUAAAUCGCGUCAAGAGUCGGGUGCGAUCGGCGAGCUGAACGACGCUCAGCUGUCUGAGUCCUGCAUACUUGCCAUGACAUGGCUCAUGGGUUGAACCAUUGAAGAUCGAAUUUUUGACAGUGGGG